CCGCUCAUCCAAAACCGCCCGCCCACGCACCGUGCCCCGUGUGUCUGCCAGCAACAGCAGAGGUGCAGCAAUGUCACCGCUGCGCCGCCAGCCGCCCGUAACAUGGUAUACGACUGGGACGCCCACCACCAGACAUGUUUCCGGCUGUACAUCGAGGAGGGCAAGUCCCUCGAGGAGAUCAUGGAGCACAUGAGGACGGCCCACCGCUUCACACCAAGGUGAGUGAGACGAGUGAGUCAGUCCGCCGUCUGUCAGCCUCAUCGACCAGUCCACCCCCCUGCGCGCCCUGCGCAUGUUUUGGGCGGUCGGCUCUUCGCUGCUCAUUCCGAACCUGACUGCGCGCGGGCGUCGCGGCGCAUGAGCUCCAGAUCAUCCUGCUUACACGCACCGGGACAGCAAACGCGCUUUCCAGACGCAGUUCCGCCGCUGGGAUUUUCCACCCAAGCAGCGCCCCGCCUAUAGGAACGAGAAGCUCGUCGGCCGGGUCAAGGAGUUGUGGGAGAGGAACUUGCCCCAGAGGGAGAUGCUGCGGGUGCUCAACGACGAAGAUGGCUUCGACAUCAAGGCCAGGGAGCUCGUGCGCGUGCGCGCGAGGAACAGGUGGCUGCUGCGCGCGGCCAACGGGGACAAGGCCAAAGGCGUGGACCGCGACGAUGGCGGCGGCAGCGGCGGCCCCGGCGACGAUGAUGAUCAUGUUUCGCCGGACGGGGCGUCGACGGCUGAGCGCAGCUCGCAGAGGACCAUGUCCGAUGGCAACCACUCGGACCGGCAAGGCGGCGCAGCGGACAACAGAAAACGGAGGAAACGGAAGCAGGCCGGCGCCUCGGGCGGAGCGCCGCUCCGGUUCCCAUCGGAGACGACCCUCGACGAGGCUCGUAAGAUGAUGGGCCUCGACCCGGCCACCUAUCAGCUUCUACGCACAAACUUCCAGCGCAUCUGUCAAGAGGAGGGUGUCACGAAGAAGACGCUGGCUGGUAUGGAGAGGUGGGAGGCCGUCAAGGCGCGCCUGGUGCGCGAGACGCCUCAGCUACAGACGAUCCUGUGGCUGUCAAAAGACGAGCCGGAGCCCAAGGGGCUGGCCCUCGACGUCAUUUGCACCGACGUGACCAAGCGGCUGCGCAACUUGGAGACGAGGAUGACCCUGGUCGAGGCGAAAAAGGAGCUUGGCAUCAACCCGGAGGAGGCACGCGAGGUGAGAGUCGCCUUUCAUCACGUCCUAUCCGAGUCCAAGAUCACCUGCAAAUCGGAGGCCUCGCCUGAGCAGUGGGAAGACUUGAAGCGCAAGUGGAGCGAGAGGUCGGACCUUGUGCGGAAGAUUACAGAGGCCGCGGGCGGGGGACCAGAGUCUUCAAAGCUGAUGCGCGCCCUGGACGUCAUCGCCAGGGACGUAAUGAAGAGGAUACGGGACGAGAGGGGCCGCCAGGACCCGCGGGCGAGCCAGCAGCUGCCGCUGAGCCCGGCCGCGUCGCAUGGCGGCAAGAUGCUCUCGCCGGCAGACCGGGUGGAGCUCGGCGACGGACUGGCAGGCGCCUUUGACAACGUGUCGGAGGUGUCACACACGUCGCAGCAGAUGGCGUUCAGCCCGGCCAGCAGCACCAUGGGAAGCACCAUGGGCGGACACAUGCCCAUCUCGCUGCAGUCGCAGGCGUCGAACCUGUCGGACUCGCAGGACGGACUUGGGCCGCCGCAACGGGUCCUGGGCCCGACGAUGGCGGCGGCGGCAGGGAUGGGGCUGGAGCCGCAGAUAGGGCCGUCGCUGCUCCUCAGGGCCAAUACGCAGGCCGCCUUCAUGGACCAGCCGUUUGUGCAGCAGCAGUAUCCGCCCGCGGCGACGUCGGCGCCGGUGUACGCGCCGGAUCCCGGCGUGUCGAUGGCGUGUGCCGUUUACUUGCGGCUGCACCCCAUGUCGGCGUACCUGGGCGGCACGAGCCUCUGGAUCGCGACGCUGGGCUCCGGCUCGGUCGAGGAGCUGCGCCAAGUGGCGGCGGCCAAGUUCCCGGGCACCGUGUGCCUGCGGGUCGAGGGCAUCCUCAAGGACAGCAAGGGGCGCGAGCUGCCGUUGCAGAUCGAGGAGGACCAGGAGCUGAGCGCGUACCUGGCGCACCUCGAGGGCGCGGCGCCGACGUUUAGCGUCCAGCUGGUGUGGAAGACGUGAGGCGGGGUGCCGCUCUCGGUGAGACGGAAAGACGGAAAAGAUGGAAACGAUGAUUUUUGCCUAUACUGGUCACGGCAUCUGGGCAUGGCUCCUCAGUCCUCAGACGGCGCAAUAUGGGCGGGCUGGCGUUGGCGGAUUAGUGCGUGCGUUUGUGUGAGCGCGUUGAUUUAGCGUAUAGGGACGUAACGAAUGACGGACUCUUGUUGAAAUGAC